AUGGCAUGCCAGGCAUUUAGCGCUGAUUCUUUCAACACACUUGCAGGAGAUUCCCCCUUGCCAAUCCUCAUGCACCACGCCUCCACCGGCGACUGCCUGCCAGUCAAUUCUCAUGCUCACAGCAUGGUUUCUGCAGUAUCCUCCGGGCUGUCCCUGGGCCAGCACUCUAAGCGCUCCCACAUGCACCUGUCCACGUCCUCCCUCAGCAACGCUCUUGGGAACGCCCCCCCUGGACUACAUUACCCAGUCACCCCCUGUCACUACAGCAACCAGCAGGCCACCUAUGGCAUGAUGGCAGCUCAGGAGAUGCUCUCUGCCAGUAUUUCUCAGACUCGUAUCCUGCAGACAUGUGGUGUCCCUCACCCCAACAUGGUGGGCAGUGCGAACCCAUUGCAAGGGUCUCUUACUCCUUGCUUGUACAAGUUUCCAGAUCAUGGUCUAAGUAGCGGUUCCUGUGCAUUAAGCCAUAGUUUCUCCACAUUGCCCCCGGCCCUCCUCACCACUGAUGAGGCCCCUGGGGUCCCAAGUAUUGCCGACAUAAAAACUGACGGCCAUAGAAAAAACAUGCGGGACCUAGAAGAUGUCCCUCCCAUGGACUCCCCGCAGAUACGAGAGCUGGAGAUGUUUGCCAAUGACUUCAAAAUACGCAGGAUCAAACUUGGCUACACGCAGACUAAUGUAGGAGAGGCUCUCGCUGCAGUGCAUGGCUCAGAGUUCAGCCAGACUACAAUCUGCCGCUUUGAGAAUCUGCAGCUGAGCUUCAAGAAUGCCUGCAAACUCAAAGCCAUUCUGGCUAAAUGGCUUGAUGAAGCAGAGCUGGCCGGCGCCUUGUACAACGAUAAAUUAGGAAUGAACGAGCGGAAGAGGAAAAGGAGAACCACUAUCAGUCUGGGAGCUAAGGAGGCCCUGGAACGCAGCUUUGUGGAAAAAAGUAAGCCGUCCUCCCAGGAAAUAGCCCGGAUAGCUAAAGGCCUCCAUCUGGAGAAGGAGGUGGUGAGAGUCUGGUUCUGCAACAGACGACAAAGAGAAAAACGGGUCAAAACCACCCUGAACCUCAGCUCCUGUUUGACCAAACUGAGCCCACACUGCAUCACACAAAUGAGCAAAGUACAAAGACCAAUGACAUAG